AUGUGGGGUCCCCUGCAUAGUGAACCUGAGCUCCUUGCUGGCCCCGAGCCUGGACUAGGGUUGCCCGGCAGUGAGGUGAUCAUCCCGCCCUCACCUGCGCCUGUGGGCUGCAUAGGACAGUGGCCUGGUCACGGGGGCCCAUCGUGGGGAGGUCGGGAAGCUGAGAACACUCAGGCCUCCACCAUGUCGGCCAAGAGGAAAACAAACCUGUUUGCAAGACGCUGUGUUUCUGGUUUCAAUCAACAGACAUAUGACUACAAGCAAGUUAAAGCAGCAGAGCCAUUUCCCAAGCCAGGAGGGACACGGGCGCUAAAGAAUGAACUCAGGGAGGUGAGGGAAGAGCUCAAGGAAAAAAUGGAGGAGAUUAAACAGAUAAAAGAUGUAAUGGACAAGGAUUUUGAUAAACUCCAGGAAUUUGUGGUGCUUAUGAAGGAAAUGCAGAAGGAUAUGGAUGAGAAGAUGGAUGUUUUAAUAAAUAUACACAAGAGCAGCAAGCUAAGAGGACCAAGGGAGCAUCAGGAGCCCAGGCUGACAGGAAAGGCUGACCCACAGCUCCGGCUCAAGGAAAUGGAUGGAGUGGACAGAGCGUUACUUACUCUUCACAAGAAGACUGUGGCACUACAAAAGCCAAAAACGAACUCGCUGAGCUCCCUCCAUCAGUGUGAGACCCACUGUGAGAAAUGUUUGUUGUGUAUCCUAAAGGACAGCUACAAUCAGGGCAGGAACGUUCCAUGCCAGGCCUGGGCACCCUUCUCACCUUUGCCAUCUGGAGCUUCAUUCUGAUGUAUCUGUGCUUCAACCCCCAUGUGACUGAGGACAUGCAUCCAACUUAGUGCUGAUGCAGAACCUGC